AUGUCGGCAAGACAAGGAAAAGGUACCGUACGUGAAAAAGAAGACUUUGAUGCUGAUGCAGCAGCAGAAAUACUCCGGAAUGCGAUGUGUGGUUUGGGUACGUCUGAGGAACCUAUCAUUGAUGUUGUGGACAGCCAUAAUAACGCACAGCGUCAGGACAUAGCAGUAGCGUUCAAACAGUCCUACGGCAAGGAUCUGAUUGAAGAGCUCAAGUCUGAACUUGGAAGUAACUUCGAGAACACUGUCGUUGCGUUAAUGACGCCUCCACGUCUAUAUGACGCAAAAGAGCUCAACAAGGCCAUCAAGGGAAUUGGAACUGACGAGACAGCACUGGUAGAGAUAAUGUGCUCCCGUACUAACGAGGAACUGGAGGAAAUCAAAGCCGUGUACCAACAAGAGUAUGAAGUGGCACUGGAAGAGGACUUAGAUUGUGACACAUCCGGGUACUUUGGUCGCUUGAUGAUUUCUUUGGUUACUGGUGGGAGAGACGUGGAUGACACUGUUAACGACGAGGACGCCGAUACUGAGGCACAGGAACUGUACGAUGCCGGGGCCGGUUGCUGGGGCACAGAGGAAUCCAAAUUCAAUCAAAUUCUGUGCAGACGUAAUUUCAAUCAACUUAAUAGAAUAUUUGAAGUGUAUGAGGAAAAGUUCGGCCAGUCCGUGAGGGAAGCAAUAUCGAGUGAAUUCAGCGGAAGUGUACAAGAUGGAUAUACGGCUAUAGUCGAUAUAGCAGAAAACAAACCUUUGUUUUUUGCCAAGAGACUGGACAAUGCCAUGAGAGGAAUUGGUACCAGUGAUGAUGACCUCAUCCGCCUGAUUGUGUCCAGGAGCGAGGUUGAUAUGGAGGAGAUCCGCACAGCUUACUACUACAUGCAGCCCGAGGACGACCGCCGAACAUUACGAGAAGCAGUAGCAAGCGAAUGCAGCGGUGACUACAAGAACAUGCUGUUGGCCCUUCUCAACAAAGACGACUGAAGACAUGUCAAAAACGUAGCACUCUCUUGAGAAAUGCCUUGCCUGUCGGUCCGUCAAGUUUUGACGAGAUCACGGAUUUAAAGGAACGUUUUGUAUAAUCUGCCAGAAAUAUUGCUAGGAAGUAGCCGCUUAUUAACUCAUCCAGUUUAGCAGCGGGAAAUGAUUUGAAACUCUACCGUAACUUCAAAUACGCCAUUCUGCGGCUGCUGGACAUGCACCUCGCGGUAUUGUAGCAGUAUUUCAACUUACUCUUAUUUUUGGACAUACAAUGUAUUCAUAUUUUUAACAACUAGUAGCGUACAUUCCGGUGUUAUUAUUAUAAAAAUAUGUCUCUUCA